CUCACCACUCCCUUCCUGUGAGAGGAUGUGCUCGGGGCCUUUCUCUUUCUCUCUUCUCUCCCGGCUCCCUGCCCUCGGAGCAGGCAAUGCCGCGCUCGCCCUGAGCCGGCCGGGGUCACCCUGGCUGGCACCGGCCGCCGCGGCAUGGCCGAGGUGCAGGCUCCAUCCAGGAGGCCGCAGGGACUUUAACCGGGGGCUCACCCACGGGUUGGGACGAGCCCAGAGCAGCAGAAGAGCCCCUGGAGCACAACCCAAGCCCGUCCAACAUCACCGUGUAUGAGGCUGGGACGCAGUACGCAGGACCCGCGUCCGCAGAGCCACCCCUUCCGAUGUCCCGGCAUGAGGCUUCUCCGACAACGGUGCAACCCGCCAGCAACCACCGCCCCAACGCCUGCUGCUUCUGCUGGUGCUGCUGCUGCAGCUGCUCAUGGAACGAGGACCGGGAGCGAGCGUGGAGGGCGUCCCGGGAGACCAAACUGGAGACCAUCCCAAACUGUGAAGCCUGCGCCAAGCCCACGCCGGAGGAGGUGCGGGGCUGGGCACAGUCCUUUGAGAAGCUGAUGAAGAGCCCUGCGGGCCGCAACGUGUUCCGGGAGUUCUUGCGGACUGAGUACAGCGAGGAGAACAUGCUCUUCUGGCUGGCGUGCGAGGAGCUCAAGGCCGAGUGCAACAAGCACACCAUCGACGAGAAGGCGCGGAUCAUCUACGAGGACUACAUCUCCAUCCUCUCGCCCAAGGAGGUGAGCCUGGACUCGCGGGUGCGGGAGGUGAUCAACCGGAAGAUGCAGGAGCCGUCCUCGCACACCUUCGACGAUGCUCAGCUCCAGAUCUACACGCUCAUGCACAGAGACUCCUACCCUCGCUUCCUGAACUCUGCCAUAUACAAAUCGCUGCUCCAGAGCGUCUCCCACUCCUCCUCGGAGUCCUAAAAGGGCUCCCGAUGGCCACGGGGAUGCCGGUGGGGACACAGUAGCCAAAACGGGGGGGGUCUCAGUGCCUUGUCCCUGCUGGCCCCCUCCUGAGUUUUUAGCUUUUUACCUAGGAACCAUCACCCCGGUGUCUGGGCCAUCCUCCAGGACUGGUCCCCAGGGCUGGUGGCAUCUGUACUACUGAACCCCUGCCCCAUCCCUGGCUGGAGCGCACCCAGGGCCCGGCUCCCUCCGCAUCCUGUUUGGAAGAGGUCACUUUAUCCCAUCUCCACCACACGUGGGGACGCAGCACGUCCCCGUUUCCCACCUGAGACCCAGUUGGGGGCUGGGUUGGGGGU